AUGCUAACAAAGUGUGCAUUGGAAAAUAUCACUCGAGCAGAGUCAAUGAACUUGGAGUUACUCAUAACAGGAGCACCCAACUCAUACCAUGAGUCAUCAUACCAUCUUGAUGUAGUUAAUGCAGAAGAGAGUGAACCAUUCACUUUAGAAUCUUUCAGAAAGUCAAUUAUAGAAGCACUUAAAAAUGGAAAGGAGUACAUAUUGGCAAAAGUAACCACUUCAGAUCCGACAAAUGCAACAUCUCUGUAUAAUUAUUACUACUCAGCAUUUGAGAUUAACAAGAUACUUUUUAAGUACGAGGCAGAUAGGCAUCUUCUCCACAGAAUGAAAGUAAGAAAUCCAAUGAAUAAUAUGUUUAUAAUGGGACAGGUGUAUUACUACAAGAUAGGGUAUGAUUCAUUAGAAGUAGCCCUUCAGGAAUACGACCAUCCCUCUGUGGAGAGUUCUCGUGGGAAAAUGAAAGCAUUCAGUGAAAUUCUUCCAAUUACAAGAAACACCAGCAGUUCGUAUAUUGAUGGGCUCUCAGUGAAGAAAGAACCAGAAUUAAGAAGUAUUUCACGUGAUUUAUUUGAGACGCUAGCACACCCACAGGAAUCUGUUAUAAAUACAGACAAGAAGCUUAGAAUACGUGCUGUAUACUUCGCCAAUGAUGGUGAUUUUCUGGUAAAAUCAGGUACAAGAGAAUUUUUCAAGAGAAAUGCCGUUAAUCCAGAUGAUUAUUUUAUAUUUAAGCUUGAAAGAACACAAAAUGAUUUUUUGGCACUUCUAGACUCUCCCACAGGAAGUGAGUCUAAUGAUGAAGCAGAGACUUGGAAAAGAGCACUAACUGCUCAUUUAAGUUUUAUAUUAGUGAUUAUGUGCUUGCUUCUGUUCUUAGGAACAUUCCCAUUAGUAUUUUUUGUUGUUUUCCCAUUGGUUAUCCUAUUUUUACUUUCUAUGCUAUUCUCCCUCUUCUAUAUAUUCUGCUGUAGAAGAAGGACCUUUGGCAGUAUAGAUGUAAAUGAUGUAGCUGAGGUUUAAUUAUAAUCAAUAACAGAAAUAACCCGAAUAUUCUAUUAUAAUAAUAUAUUAUGGUAUUCACUCCUUCCCGGUUAUUUCUGCUGUUCUAAUAUGUACUUCUUAGUCACAUAUAAUAAUACUGAUAUUUUGGGUUAUAUCGGGUUAUUGCAACUCAGUAAUAAAUAAAAGCUAAAAUGUA